AUGGAGUUCCCCGGGCACGGCGCGCGGCUGCUGGGCCGCCUGAGGCGGCAGCGCGAGCUGGGCUUCCUGUGCGACUGCACGGUGCAGGUGGGAGAGGCGCGCUUCCCCGCGCACCGCGCCGUGCUGGCCGCCUGCAGCGUCUACUUCCACCUCUUCUACAGGGACCAGCCCGCGGGCGGCCGCGACACGGUGCGGCUGGACCGCGACAUCGUCACGGCCGCCGCCUUCGGCCGCCUGCUAGACUUCAUGUACGAGGGCCGCCUGGACCUGCGCCGCUUGCCCGUGGAGGACGUGCUCGCUGCCGCCAGCUACCUGCACAUGCAGGACGUGGUCGCCGUCUGCAAGGACAGGCUGCGGGAACUGGACCCGCAGCCGCCGCGCCCCCUGCCCGCCGCUCCAAGGGUCCAGGCCACCCUCCCACCGCCAGCACCGCUGCCUUGCCGCUGGCAGGCCCCGGGACCGCCCGACGGGGCCCUGGACCUGUCGCUGAAGUCCGACCCGAGGCAGGGGCGCAGCCGCCCGCCGGAAGCCCAGUCGCUGGUGAAGGAUGAGCCGGUGUCGCUGUGUGAGCAGCUUGACGGCGGCUGUCCCGGGACUCCUGGCAGCCCCCGGCGGCCCCCAGCUGCUCCUGCAGCCCAGGGCGCCCCCGUCGCCAGCGGCGCCCACCGCCAGGAGCAGAACAUCAGGACCCCGGGCAGCCAGGAAGGGCACCUCUGCAUGUGUCCACUGUGCUGCCAGCUGCUGCCCAGCGCCCGCAUGCUGCAGCUGCACCUCAGCGCCCACUUCCGUGAGCGAGACGGCGUCCGCGCCCGGCUCCCAGCCCGUGGGGCGGCACCCACGUGCCCGCAGUGCAGCAAGACCUUCUCGUGCGCCUACACGCUCAAGAGGCACGAGCGAACCCACUCGGGGGAGAAGCCCUACACCUGCGUGCAGUGCGGCAAGAGCUUCCAGUACUCGCACAACCUGAGCCGACACGCUGUGGUGCACACGCGCGAGAAGCCUCACGCCUGCCGCUGGUGCCAACGGCGCUUCACGCAGUCAGGGGACCUGUACCGCCACGUGCGCAAGUUCCACAGCGGCCUCCUCAAAUCCCUGCUGGGGUGA